AGUCGAGAGUAAAGGCUCAAAACAGAUGAACUGUUAUUUAAACGUGCGGUGUAUUACCAACUAGAGACAACGUGAGUCGCAUUAAAUAUUUUCAGGAAAAGGUUUCAUUUUCAACUACGAAAAAAAAAUCCAUAGAAAAUCUAUGAUCGGAGUGCGAUUAAUGUGACUUCUGAAUGCAAACAGACAAACGUAACAGAGCACCGAUCUAGUCGGUCCAUUUUUUACACUGGCAGCAACUGUCUUUGCUAGUGCAACUCGAAUACAAACUUAACUUUCUUAAAUCAAUUUGAAUAUAUUUUCACAAUAUACAGUUUAUUGUGUUAUGUAAUGAGACACCAAGUCUCUCCGCGAGACCUGUGCUAGGAAUGAAACCUCACGUUGGGUUAACAGCAACACCUUUGUGAACUAGCACCACUUAGCCAUUUAACGUUAGCUGCUGCUAGCUGGCUGAAUUGGUCAGCUUCUUCUCUGAUAUCAAAAGACCCAAUUGAUCUAUUUAUAUAGUCCUAAUAUUUUCCUCAUGGAUCUGAAUUUUUACUCGGAUCUCUCUGACGGGACUGGUCAACAUGUUGAUUCUGAGUUUAUGGAAAACUCGUCUUACAAUGGAUAUGAUUCAGUGAACAAGUUUGCAGGUGCCAACGAGUCAUACCUGACCAUCAGUGGACCUGGUCAUCAUUUUCUUGAGAAAACAUUCCAUACACCCUGUCUGGGUGAUGAAGAGUUUGAAAUCCCAAUCUCCUUGGAUCCAGAUUCUGCGCUCACCAUAGAGGAUGUGGAGGCCCAUUUUGGAGAGUUGGCCGAACAGGCUGAGAGCUCAAGGGGUCCUGGAGUUGGAAAUAGUCUUGCCAGUAAUACUGUAGUUGGGGGGAAUGAUCCCUCUUUUUCCUCUGCUUUCAUGAAUCCGUCUUCUCAGGGCAUAGAGCAUCUGAGUUUGGGUGUGAUUAACCAGCCUGGAGGAAGUGCACUACUGAGCUCAACUCUGGGUGUGGAUCUCAGCCAUUCUGUUGGCUCCCAUUUUAAUAGUUCCUCCUCCAUGACUAUUGAUGUUCCAAUAAACGACAUGAGCCACAGUCUCUUAGGACACAAUCAGCUCACCACCAUAGACCAUUCAGAUCUAAGUGCUCAGUUAGGGCUCAGCCUUGGUGGUGGAGCCAAGUCACCUGACCAAACGCUGUCAACCACACCAUCUCCUUCUGGGUCAUUGCAGGAUGAAGACAUGGAUGACUUCAGACAAAAAACCAUGCUGGUAGACUACUCUUCAGCCUCUGCGACGAUCAUACCGCACCUCCCCAACUUGACGGGUUCCACCCAGCUCUCUUCUGCUCCUCCAGUUGUGGUGAGAAGGGUUGGCGGUAAGCCGGCCAUGGUGCCUGUGACCACAGUGGACACGGGAGCAACACUGGGAGGCAAAAAAGGAAAGAAGAAAAAGGAUCCCAAUGAACCACAGAAACCAGUGUCAGCCUAUGCUCUGUUCUUCAGAGACACCCAGGCAGCCAUUAAGGGCCAGAACCCCAAUGCUACAUUCGGAGAAGUGUCCAAGAUAGUGGCAUCCAUGUGGGACAGCCUGGGCGAAGAGCAAAAACAGGUUUACAAGAGGAAAACCGAGGCAGCUAAGAAAGAGUAUCUGAAAGCUUUAGCAGCAUACAGAGCAAAUCAACUCUCAAGACCAUAUUCUGAGGUGGAGGAUAGCGCUCCUUCCACUCCUCCCUCUGUCCCCUGUCCUGCACCCGUCAUCCCUGCUCCUGCUGCCCCUGCCCGUCCACGCCUGACCCCCAUCCCUGAGCAGAACACCAUCACCAACAUCUGUGCAUCCAAUAUUAUCCUCGACCUGCCUCAAGUCACCACCCGUUCCCGCACGGGUUCUCUACCCUUGGCCAUCGGCCAGCCCCUGACCCCUAACCCCAGCCCAACACCCACCGUCACAAAAAUCAUUAUCUCCAAGCAGAUGCUACAGGGAGGUUCUCAGCUCCACCAGAUCCCCACCUCCAUGGUGACGGUGAUUCCGGCCGGAGUACGGGCCGUGCAUCCGGCUUCUGCUGGACGACAGCCUCCACCACUGCAGCAGAUGCAGGGCACCCCACCUCCACCACGUCUGCAGCAGAUGGUACAAACCCAAGCCCCGCCGCCUCUUCAGGCCAAGCCCCGUGGAGGGGCAGGAAGUUCUGUGGCCGUCACGGCUACGCCUCCACCGCCUCUUCAGAUAAAGAUUGUGCCCGCUUCUAUACACUCUGACCUGUCCACGCCAAUUAUUGUUACUACAGCAACAAGUGCCAAUACAGUUAUUUCCUCAUCCACCAUCUCAGCCUUAGCACAUCCUGCCCCUGUUGAGGUGAAAGUGGAAGAGCCCAAAGAGGAGUUGGCUACUGGGACGGAUGAGGCUCUGACGGAGGAAGCCGAAGUGAUGGAGAUGGAGGUAAGUGUUGCUCCUGCGGUCUCCUCUUCCACCCCUCCUGUGAAUCUCUGUGUCCGUGCUGGAUGCACAAACCUGGCUGUGGACAGUCGAGACUGGGAUAAGGAGUAUUGCAGCAAUGAAUGUGUGGCCACACACUGCAGGGAUAUUUUCAUGGCCUGGUGUUCAAUCAAGAGCCAGAACUCAGCCACUGUCAAAUAAAUGAAACAAAAUCCUCCUGAUUCUGGGUCUUAGCAUGCCUGGAUGUGUCUUUUUAAUAAUAACACAACAGAAUUUUACUGGAAUUACUAGUGAAAGUUUAGUGUUUUUGUUGUAAAUAUCUAAGGCAUGAAAAUGGCAGUGGAAAAAUCACUCUAUGAAAGGACAAAUUAUGUCUUUGUUACAACUGCUGAUAAUAUACUGCAAACAUCAUGUUUUGACAUUUGUUUUCCUAGUUGAAACUGUCAGAAAAGGACGUAUGGACAUGUUUGGACCUUGUAUUGUUUCCACUCAGGUUUGGGCCAGUGGUUUGUUUUAUUUUUUAUAUAUAUGUUACUAGUUAAUGUGUUAAAGUGAGACAAAUCCGAACCAUUGUAUUAUUUUCGAAUGCAGUCAUUUUUGAUUAAGAUGACAAAUUUAAGAGUAUUAGUGGACCUCAAACAGUAAUGCAAUCAGUCUGCAAUUCUAUUAUAUUUUCAGUUUUCUUGUGUUUGUACUGACAGUGUCUUAGAUCAGUGUUCACAAGUGCUCUUGUGUAAAAUCUUUUUGCCUUAGUUAUGGGGUUUUGCUGACUUUUUUUUUAGAUUGUGUUACAGAAAUGACUUGAGUAUUAAUAAAAGGCAGCCAAAAUGGACAAAGUUUCAGAAUUCAUUUCAUUUCAAUUUAGUUCGUAAGAAUUUGUAAUCUGGAAAACAUGACUGAAUAGAGAUCACUUUUACAAGUCGCAAGCUUAAAAAAAAAAA